UCGGGGACGCUCCCGACACUCCAGGAGGAAACAUGGCUCUCUACGUGCCGGGACUCGUGGCCACCAUCGUCUUCUACCUUCUGGUGCUCGGCAUCGGCAUCUGGCCGUCCGUCAAGUCCAAGAGGGAUGAGAAAAGGACGCAGGCGGACCAUGCAGACAUGGCUCUGCUGGGUAACAGGAACAUUAAUUUGGUGAUGGGAAUCUUCACCACAACCGCUACCUGGGUUGGCGGGACUUUCAUCAUCGGCACAGCUGAGACGGUGUACAACCCGAAGUUUGGGCUGAUCUGGGCCGUGAUGCCGUUGGCGGCGUCGUUGGCCUUCAUCGUCGGUGGCCUUUUCUUCGCUGAGCCCAUGAGAGACAGGAAGUACGUCACCAUGAUGGACCCUUUCCAGAUCAAGUACGGGAACGGACUCAGUGGACUUCUGGCUGUGGCGCCGCUCAUGUCGGAAAUCAUUUGGGUGACGUCGACGCUGAUAAGCCUGGGCCUCACCAUGAGCGUGAUCCUGGACAUGUCCUACGCCGUGUGCAUCUGGAUCUCGGCUGCUGUGGCCAUCACCUACACGCUGCUGGGAGGCCUCUACUCCGUGGCCUACACAGACGUCAUUCAGCUCACUCUCAUUUUUGUCACUUCGUGGAUGUGCGUCCCCUUCCUCCUCACGAGUCCCGCCUCCGUUGACAUCACCGCCACGUCGUUCAACCACACCUUUCAGGCUCCGUGGGUCGGCACUCUGACGGCCGACCGGGCCUGGAUGUGGAUCGAUAUCUUUUUGCUCCUGAGCAUAGGGGACCUCGGCUUCCAGGACUUCCACCAGAGGACAUUAUCGGCUUCUUCAUCGGCCACGGCCAAGCUGCGAUGUUACGCCGCAGCGUUCCUCAUCCCCACCUUUGGGAUCCCCCCCGUGCUCAUCGGGGCGGUGGCUGCGUCGACGGACUGGAACCUCACCUCCUACGGGUCCCCGUCCCCGUUCGAGCGAGGCGAGACCGGUUUGAUCUUGCCGCUCUCCCUGCAGCACCUGACGCCGCCCUACAUCUCCGUCAUCGGCAUCGGGGCCGUCGGCGCCGCCGUGAUGUCGUCGACUGACUCCGCCCUGCUGUCCGCAGCGUCCAUCUUCUCCUCAAACAUCUACAAGAAGAUCCUGAGGACCAAGGCCUCGGAGAAUGAGAUCCGGUGGGUGAUCCGCUUCUCCGUGGUCCUCUUCGGCCUGGCCGGCACGUCGCUCACCUUCCUGCACGCCGGCGUCAUAGCCUUCUGGAUCCUGGGGGGGGAGAUCGCCUACAUCCUGAUGUUCCCGCAGCUCGUGUGCGUGCUGUUCUUCGACGUGUCCAACGGCUACGGCGCCACCGCGGGCUUCCUGCUGGCGUUCCUUUUGAGGGCGAUGUGCGGCGAGCCCCUGCUGCGGCUGUCGCCUCUCAUCCAUUUCCCAGGGUGCACCCUGGAGGACGGCGUCUACGUUCAGUACUCCCCCGUUAGGACCAUCUGCAUGCUGGUUUCUCUUGCCGCCAUAUUGCUGGUGUCCCACCUCACGGCUGUGCUCUUCAACCGGGGACUCGUACCAGAGAAGUGGGACGUGUUUCACGUCCGACAGGCACCGGAAACCCAAAAGCCAGCAGACGGCGCCAGCAGCAAGGAGGAGCACAGGAUGACCCCUGUGUGCGAGGGGGGAGGAGUCUCGGAUCCAAUGUUGGAGUGAAACUGAAUCACACUGUAUCUAAAAAGGUCACUAAAUGCAAAAUAAAAAAUACUAAUACUGAUAUCAUCCUUUUUUAAAAACCUCUGUGGAUGUUGCACGCUGUCUGUACAGAUCCGACUUAUGAAAUACGUGUUUGGAAGAAAGGUGAAUUUCAUAAGAGUGACGGUGCU